AUGUUGGUGCCGCUGCUGAACCCCGACGGCAUCGCGGCGGGUCACUUCCGGCAGGACUCGUACGGUAAUAACCUGAACCGGCACUACAUCGAUCCGGACGUGGAGAAACACUCUUCCGUGUACGCUUCGAAGGCGGUGGUGAUGCACCACGCGGCGAGGCCCUUGGGAAGGGGGCGGCUCACGCUAUACCUAGAUCUCCAUGCGCACGCGUCGGCGAGGGGGUGCUUCAUCUACGGUAACCAUCUUCCGAGCCUUGAAGACCAGGCGGAGAAUCAGCUGCUGCCGCUCCUCAUGACGUUGAACACGCCGCACUUCGACUUCGGGUCGUGCAACUUCACGCUGAAGCACAUGUGCCGCGUGGACAGCGGAGACGCCGGCCUGAGCGCGGAAGGGACCGGGCGGGUCUUCUACGGUAAGCAUGCGGGAGUCCUGCGGUCAUACACGCUGGAGUGCAACUACAACACGGGCAAGGCUAUGUGCAACCACAUUCCGCCGGCGAACGGAGGGAGGCGAGGAGAGCUGUUCGCGAGUCCCGAGAGGAAGAGCACGACGCCGCCGCGGUACCAUCCGCAAAUCUGGCGGGAUGUUGGCGCGGGGUUCCUGAAGGCCUUGCUGGAUGCCGAGGGCGCCUCUGUCUGGUCGAGGCUGCCACAGUCCAAGUUCAGAUCGCUUGAGAGGGUGAGCAUAGGACGAGCGAAUGAACGCCCCCCCGAGAUCAUCGAGCUGGAACCGGGGCUUCGAGGAAAGAGAAGGGGGAGCACUGGAAGUGUGUUUGGUAGUGGCAGUGAUGCUUCUCCUCCACUGUCGGGGCAAUCCUCAAACCUAGACAAGGCGCCGGCGGCUACGAUCACGGCGGAUCUCGCCGGGGCCGGGAAGAACGGCGGCGGCGCUACCGCCUCGUCGAGCGAGACCGACACCAGCAGGAAGCUGUCGAGCUCACGACCACCACCACCCCUGCUGCCGCGGCGUCCCGUAGGCCGGAAAGUCUCCACCAGCAGGAGUCGAUCUGGGGAAUCCGUCCACAGGACGUCAAGCCAAAUUGGCGGCGGCGGCGGCGGCGGCGGCGGCGGUAUUACAGUGGUACCGACGAGGCGGAUCGGGAGCGGCAGCAGCGGCAGCCGGAGCGGCAGCGACCGUGGCAGCGGUAGGGCCGGCGCAAGCAGCGUGAGCUGCGAGAGCGGCGCUACUCGUGAUAGGGCGAAGGCGGCGACGGGGCGGAAACCGCCAUCCCCGAACCCCGGCCGCUGCCGGUCCGCGUCUGGGAAAGCGAGGAGAGGGCCGCCAAGCACCGGCCGAAGCAAGAGAGGAAAUGGAUCAUCAUCGUCGGGGAGAGGAAGGGGCAGGGGGGGAGGGAAAAGAGGCGAUGGAGACGACAGCGGCGGCGGAAAGAAUGGAGUCAGAUCGUCAUCCUCUCGGUCCGAGAGACGGAGGGGCGGUGGCGCGAGCACGAGCAGCCCUCCGUCACGUGGCAGGAGUGCCGCCGCCCUGGAUCGGUCUAGGCACGUCCGUCGUCACAGUAGGAAGCAGCACCACCACCAACGGCUGCAGAAGGCGUCGCCCCCGCUGGUGGUGCCCGUUCUCCCCAAAUACCCGCUCGUGUCAUCUUCCUGCCGCCGCAACACCCUACUGUUGCAGCAGCAGGAAUCACAGGACGAUAACCAGUAGACAACUGUAGAUAGAUACCGCGUCGCUCCCCUCUCACAAUCAAUGGCUAGAAGUCAUACUUCACUACAACAGAGUACGGCAGACGUGGUGGGUGUAAAAAUAUUCAUCUGCCUAUGGCGGUUUGUGGGGGGCAGUUUUUUUUGUCGGAGCUUUUGUAUCUCUGUGACAAAAAUCGUCAACGGGGCGGGGGAUGUUUGGUACUUGUAUUCGUGCCGGUGUGCG